AACAAGCCUAUUAAGCUUCAUUUUGCAUCUCUUGAGACUUGAGUUGUUCAUUGUGUUUGGGUGCAGUUCAAAGUGUAGAAUAUUGUGUUUUUCACUGCUGCGCCAGCCUUUUGGUUCUGCUUCUCAGCUCUGUGCUUGUUUUCGCUGCCAUUUUUGUUCUUGCUCUUUUUUUUGUUUAUGAGUCUUAUCAGUUGAUACGCCUUUGCGUAGGGUUUAACUAAACUGCUUCUCUAGGCGUUUGUGUGUAGGACGGUGUGUGCAAGGAGUAAGUCGUAAGAGGAAUUUCUAAGGAAGAGGAGAAAGCUGUGGGGAGAAAGCUGUGGGAAGAAAGCGUAACACAGAGAAAGAGAGAAGAUGGCAGGAGGUGGAGGAGGAGCCGCGCCGCCGCCAAAACAGGAAGAGUUGCAGCCACAUCCAGCGAAGGAUCAACUGCCUAACAUUGCUUACUGCAUUACGAGUCCUCCUCCUUGGCCUGAGGCAAUUCUGCUUGGUUUCCAACACUACUUGGUGAUGCUUGGGACAACAGUGCUCAUACCCACUACUUUAGUUCCCCAAAUGGGAGGAGGAAAUGAAGAAAAAGCAAAGAUGAUUCAAACUUUGCAAUUUGUGGCUGGAUUGAAUACGUUGUUCCAAACAAUGUUUGGUACUUGCCUACCUGCAGUAAUUGGAGGCUCUUUUACCUAUUUGCCAACCACCAUUUCAAUUGUUUUGGCUGGUCGAUAUAGUGACAUUUUGAGUCCCCAGGAGAAAUUUGAGAAGAUAAUGCGUGGAAUUCAAGGUUCACUUAUUGUGGCCUCAACUCUACAAAUUGUUGUUGGCUUCAGUGGCCUUUGGCGUAAUGUUGCAAGGUUCUUGAGUCCAUUAGCGGCUGUUCCUUUGGUCGCUUUAUCUGGUUUUGGGCUCUAUGAAUUUGGUUUUCCUCUGCUUGCAAAAUGUGUGGAGAUUGGACUGCCACAGAUCAUCUUUCUAGUUAUUUUCUCACAGUAUCUACCUCAUUUGAUACCGGGAGAAAGAGCUGUAUUUGAUCGCUUUGCCGUAAUAUUCUCAGUGAUUAUUGUGUGGAUUUAUGCUCAUCUCCUUACUGUUGGUGGGGCAUACAAGAAUUCUGGACCAAAAACUCAAAUAAGCUGUCGAACUGAUCGUGCAGGGAUUAUAAGUGGUGCCCCAUGGAUAAGAGUUCCAUAUCCUUUCCAAUGGGGAGCUCCCACAUUUGAUGCUGGAGAGGCCUUUGCAAUGAUGACCGCAUCAUUUGUUUCCCUUGUAGAGUCAACUGGCGUUUUCAUUGCUGUGUCAAGAUACGCAAGUGCCACUCCAUUGCCACCUUCCAUACUUAGCCGUGGUGUUGGUUGGCAGGGAGUAGGAAUUCUCUUCUCUGGGAUAUUUGGAACUGGGAGUGGAUCAGCAGUAUCUGUGGAAAAUGCUGGUUUGUUGGCACUGACGCGUGUUGGAAGCCGAAGGGUUGUCCAAAUAUCAGCAGGGUUUAUGAUUUUCUUUUCCAUUCUUGGCAAAUUUGGUGCUGUCUUUGCUUCAAUUCCGGCUCCAAUUGUUGCAGCUCUAUAUUGCCUUUUCUUUGCAUAUGUUGGUUCAGGAGGUCUAAGUUUCCUUCAGUUCUGUAACUUAAACAGCUUCAGGACAAAGUUUAUUCUUGGAUUCUCUGUUUUCAUGGGCUUAUCAGUACCACAAUACUUCAACGAGUACACAGCAAUUAAUGGUUAUGGCCCAGUCCACACUGGAGCAAGAUGGUUCAACGACAUGAUAAAUGUGCCAUUUUCAUCAGAACCUUUUGUUGCUGGCAUAUUGGCAUUCUUCCUGGAUAUUACAUUGCACCAGAAAGACAAUGCAACAAAGAAGGACAGAGGUAUGCAUUGGUGGGACAGGUUCCGAUCAUUCAAGACGGACACGAGAAGCGAAGAGUUCUAUUCUCUUCCUUUCAAUCUGAACAAGUUCUUCCCAUCUGUGUGAUGUUGGAACACGUAACUCUUCGUGGUUUGCUUAGGUUUUGCCCCCAUCUAUCUCAUUAAGGGCACUGCAUCAUAACAUGAUCUUUUUUCUGCUCUUUUGCCCGCUGUAGCCAUAUCUAAGAGAGCAAGAACUUGGUGGUACAAGUGUAUAAUCUUUCCAAAAUACUUUAUUCUAACUAUCAUUUUUCUUCACAUGGAUGUCUGAUAGUUGAAAGUCGUAGUGAAUUAGUAUAAAAAGCAAAGUUCCUUUUUUUCUAGUAAC